CAAAGUCGAAACCCUUCAGAUCAACGUAUUUUUGUAUCAUUUACAUUAGUUCACACAUCUUGAAUUGUACAGGACAAAAUUUUUUUUUUUUUAUAUUUUUUCGUUUUGUUGAUCAAAAUAAUCGGUUACAAAAGUGCUUACAAUUUCAGCACUUUUUCUACAGAAAAAUAACAACAUGUCGGCUCCUGUUCGUGGUAAUAAGGCCUCAAAGCUGAGGGCAGAGGGAAAAGUGGAAAAGCUCGCACCCAUCGGUCCAUCUUGGGCUCUUAUUUCCACCCGAGGCGGCGCCUUUCCUCCAGCUCCCACCAGUCGCGGUUCCAGUCCCAGUCGCAUCCCGAAAAGACGCAGACCCAGUUGCAUCCCGACAAGCCGCAUACCGAUCCGCAGUCUUGCUGGUGGGACACCAGUUCAGGACACACCCUUGGAGGCAGAAAACAAUGCCAGUGUGUGCUCCUUGCCCUUGCUUCCAGCCUCCGAGAAUAAAGUGAGCGAACCUGAAGUGGACAAGGACGCAGCCAAGCGGACUCAAUGGUCGCCGCGCCCAAGGGCUAAGUCAACGACAGAAGCUGUAUUCCAGCCGUCCACGAGAACGAACAAGUCGCAUCACCGGGUAAUCGAGUUAAACAAGGUGCGAGUCUUGGAGUCGCAGCACAAGAAGCUGGAGAGCUUGCAAUCGGAGUUCAUGCACAAACUCCGCACCUUGGCUCCUAAGAAAGUACAAGGAAUCUACAAGUUUGUGGCAAUGGUGGUGAACGAUGAGUGCAAGGUGGUGGUUCACGCCGACGAUCUGCUCCGAUUGCCCAAGAAUCUGCCAACUGAGAGUGUCCAUGACUUAAAGGAGCGUUGUCGUGCCGUGGUCGAUUCGGGCUUUAUGGUUUUGUACGAUCACUUGCAGUUGAUCCAGAAGGCGAAGGAUGAAAACGAGGCGCGUAACAUACGCGAGGAGAUUCGGAAUAAAUUAGAGUCCUUGGUGAACCUCAAAAUGAGCACCAUUGUCGAGGAGAUCGAUCAGUUGUGUGGUCCAGCCUCAAAAAGUGAGUCUGCUAACAAAAGUCUGUAUCGCGAGAUAGCUCAAUUGCGGGUGGAGAAGAAGCAUAUGGAGUCGAAGUUCUUUAACAUCAAGAAGGAGCACUGCGACCAGCUGAACCAGUUAAAAUCGGAGUACGAGGCCAACAUGGCUGUCGAGCUGGCCGCCCGGGAUCACACCAUCGGUGAGCUGAAGAAGAGCCUGCGGCGCAGCGAGGCGGUGGUCGAGGAGCAGUCCCGGAAACUGGCCGAGAAUAGUGCCGCGCUGGCCAACGAGGGUGGUAUUAUUGGAGAACUGCGAACCGAACUGGGCAAGCUUAAGUCGGUCAACCUGCGAUUGCAACAGCGCCUGAAGGAUGCGGAUGUUGGACUGGACAAGGCACGACAAUCCACUGAAAAGCAUUUGUCACAGAUCACCUACUUGGAGGACGAACUGAAAGAGGCACGCGAACUCAUUGUCAAUCUGCAGCAGCGUCCGGAUGUCAUGGACAAGGGUGUCAUGGAGAAAGAUCUCGUUAUUGCCGAUCUCAAGCUGCAGAUGCGAAAUCUCGAGGAGCAUAAAAACUGUCUCAACAUGCAGGUUACCAAUGCCUUGAAGCAGCACGCCGACUUUGACGAACUAAACGGCAAAUAUAGAAAUGCUAUGAUGCAGAUAAACGAACUUAAAGAAUCAUUAAAGAUCAAAUCCAACGAAUUGGAGACCCAAUCUCAAGUCGAGGAUCGUUUGAACAAAGAGAUAAACAAGUUGCGGGAGAGGAUCGAUCUCGAUCAGCAGAUGCUAACCGCUCGGAGCGACUUGAUCACGAGCCUGCAGAAGGCCGAGCAGGAGAACCGAGCCAAACUGGACAAAAUGUACUGUGAAGUUGGCGAGAAAAACACGCUGAUCAGUCAGGUGAAAAACGAGCUGUCCUCGAAGAAGGAUGAGUCGCGCAACCUAAUCGUUACCCUGACACGCAAGCAGAUGAAGGUGAGGCGGCAGGAGCAUGUCAUCCAGUUGCUGAAGGACCAAAAUGCGCGGAUAACCAUGGCGCGAGUGGAGCAGGAGGAGCGGAAUGUCAAAAUGCAGGAAGAGAUUAAACGCUUGACGCGGACCCUUCAAGAGUAUGCCAAGAUUAUUACUGGCAACAAUGGUCAACCAUUUUUUGAAGUUCUGCCAGCUGACGAAGUUCAGGGCAACAGAAGCAGUGGUCAGCCGUCAGUCAAUGUUCAGCCUUCAAUCAGGCAUUCCCACCGCAAUCAUCAUCAUCAUCAUCAUCAUCAUCAUCAUCAAGCCCAGCAAAAUGGUAUUCAUUGCGUGUCCUCCUUCCAAUCGCGACGUCAUCAGCACUCCAGAGAUCAUCGAUAAAAGCACCGGGAACCCCCUUUAGGAAGUUGCGACUCCCAACUGUAAACAGAAAACACUAGACAUGGAAAUUCAUCAGACAUAGAAAACCAAAUUUAUUGUAAUUAUUGGCCAAUGGCAUUAUUCUUUUGUAAGCAUCAGUAAUAAGUAAUGAGUAUUUGCAAAA